AUGGAGGUGUGGUCUGACACAGAUGACUGUUGGGUUCCACCUUUGAUAAUAAUUCUUCCAGUAUAUAUUUGUAUUGUAAUUGCUGCUGUGCUGAUUCCGAUCUGGGUCUACCUUCAAUCCAAUGAAAACCUAUGGCUGCAAGGAUCUCAAUCUCACUGCCCUGGAACUAGGACAGCAACAACUGUUAUAGAACAAGCAGCUCUGGGCCGACCUUUCCAAUUGGGAAUGUUGUAUGACUGCCGAUCAGAUUUUCUGAUUCCAGGUGUCACAUUGUGGGAUUUAGAGAUUCUGCAGAAAGAUCUUGAAGUACGGCUUCAGCCUGAGACCGAAUUUGACGUCAUUGCAUCCGAUUCCACUGAUACAAAAGCCUCUGCACUGAAUGUGGAUGGAUCAUUGAAAGCAAGUUUCUUGUGCGGUUUGGUGGAAGUGGCAGGAUCAGCGAAAUAUCUCAAUGACACAAAGAGAUCGAGGCAACAAGCCCGGGUGACCCUUCAGUACCGAGCAACAACCAGGUUUGAGCAGCUGACAAUGAGCCACUUGGGGCUGCAGAAUAUAACCCACCCGAAUGUCUUUGAUGAGGGGACAGCAACUCACGUGGUUACAGCAGUGCUGUACGGGGCUCAGGCUUUCUUUGUGUUUGAUCAAGAGGUCUCUGCAACAGAGAACCUACAGGACAUUCAGGGUCACCUGGAGGGGAUGGUUAAAAUGAUUCCUGAGAUUGCAAUUAAAGGUCAAGAAUCCCAAAAAAUGACAGAGGAACAAAUAUCCAAUGCCCAGAAAUUCAGCUGCACAUUUCAUGGGGAUUUCUUCCUGGAAAACAAUCCUACCACAUUCCAAGAUGCUGUCAAAAUCUACACAACCCUCCCAAAGUUACUGGGAGAUGAUGGAGAGCACGCAGUGCCCAUGAGGGUCUGGCUCUACCCACUCAACAAACUGGACUCCAAAGCUGCUCAGCUGGUACGGGACAUAAGUAUCAGAUUGCUCAAUAACUGCCAGUCUGUGCUGGAGCAGCUCAGUGAGACGGUGAUCAGAUGUAAUGAUAUGAUGAGAGACAGUGUCACUGUUCAAUUUCCAGAGAUCGGGGACAGGAUACUGAAAUUCCGAGAGAUGUGUCUGGAGUACAGAAUGGUUUUCCAGAAAGCUUUAUCCAGUGUGUUACCAUCUAUCCGUGGAGGUGGGGAGGAGGAAGGGUCACUGGUGAAUAUUCUGAAGAACAAGGAACAGUCACCAUUCAAACACCAGGCACUGAGCAAAUGGCUGGAUGACAAGGAGAGGGAAAUGUAUAUGGUGAAGUAUUACCUCAAGAUAUUAAAGGAUAUAUACACUGUAAAAUCAAGAAGUGAGUUAUAUCACAAAGUGUUUGGCCUAGAAAGAGAGAAUCUGGUCUGCUUCACAUUCACAUCCCUGCAGCAAGAGGAUUUCUAUCUGUCAGAAGCAGUCAGCUACCUACAGUCUCACACAGCUGAGAAAAUGCAGAUACCAGAUCCUGCUAACCAGGUCAGUGCAGAACAUCACAACCAGCAGUGGUUUCACUCAGUAUCUGUAUCCCAGAAGAUGAGGGAGCUCUCUGACUCAUUCCUGGAUUUUGUCACAGCGAACCGAGCACAAGGGAAAACAAAGUUCAUUGCUGCGUCUGUGCAGGAUGACAGUAAUGUGGGAGCAUCGAUUUACCUGUAUGGGGGAGGGUUUGUGGUGAAUCACUGCUUCACACCCCCAUCACAACCAGAGAGACCUGUGAUCAGUGGAACAUCACAUGACAGUGUGACUCUCCAAUUACAGCCACCGAGACACGGUGCUGGGGAGACUGUUAGGUACAGGAUGGAAUACCGAAACAUCCAACAGGAGGAAUGGAAAACUGUGGAUACUCCUGAUAAAUCCGAAUCCUUCACAAUCCCUGGGUUGCAGCCACAUCAGGAAUAUCAAUUCCAAUACAGAGCAGUGACCAAGGUCGGGGUCAGCAAGGCCAGUGAGAGUUCCCAGGUCACCACACGGCCUACAAGCCCACCUGGUAAACCUUUAACACUCAAGAUUUACUGGGAUGAUGCAUCACUCACCUGGGACAGGCCAACUGAGAUUGGAGCUGGUGUUAAUAUUGUUCAGUACAGGAUCGAAUAUAGAGAAGGAAAGGCAGGUCCCUCCAGCACAGAGAAUGCAUUGUGGGAGGAAAUAAAGACAACAGACAGUGAAUGUUGUUAUACUUUAAAGGGAUUGAUACCCAACACCUCCUACAGAGUGCGAGUGUCUGCUGACUGUGGAGAAGGAGGUUCGAGUGAACCAAGUGAGGAGCUUUUAAUAGAAACUGAAAAUCAACCAAAGAGACUGGCUGUGAAACUUCUCAGAGAAUGUACAUUAACAGCCAGGGGGACCCCUCCCAUUUACACACUGCCCUUACAGAAGAAGGUACUUGAUGUGGCUGGACAUCUUGUAAAAUGCUCCUUUGGAAAACCCACUGGAAAACACAGUGUGAGGACAAUCAUGGUUCUUGGAGCAACAGGAGCAGGAAAAACAACCCUCAUCAAUGGGAUGGUCAACUACAUCCUGGGUGUGGGAUGGGAGGACAACUUCAGAUACAAAUUAAUUGAUGAAGGGACAGGAAGAUCCCAGGCUGAAAGUCAGACAUCAUCAAUCACUGCCUAUGAACUGCACCAUCGAGCAGGAUUCCAGAUUGAUUACUCUCUCACUAUCAUCGACACUCCAGGAUUCGGAGAUACCAGGGGGAUAAUCCGAGAUAAAUUGCUCACUGAUCAGAUCCGAGAGUUCUUCACUUCCCCAGAUGGUGUUGAUCAGAUCGAUGCCGUGUGUUUUGUUGCUCAGGCCUCUUUGGCUCGUCUGACCCAUACACAGAAAUAUGUCUUUGAUUCAAUUCUUUCCAUUUUUGGGAAAGAUAUUGCAGACAAUAUCCGAAUCCUGGUGACAUUCACAGAUGAUCAGGCUCCCCCUGUUCUGGAGGCCAUCAAUGUUGCUGAGAUACCGUGUCCCAAAGAUAAGAAAGGUUUCCCAGUUCACUUCAAGUUCAACAAUUCAGAAGAUGAAGCAUAUGACAAUAGCUUUGCUGCAAUGUUCUGGAAGUUGGGACUGAACAGUAUGAGGAAAUUCUUUUCAGUUCUGAGCAAAAUGGAAACAAAGAGCUUACGUUUGACAAAUGAGGUCCUGAGGGAGCGUCAGCAACUGCAGGCUGCAGUAGAGGGAUUGCAGCCUGUGAUCAAAGUGAGUUUAACAAAACUGGAGGAGAUCAGGAAGACAGAACAGGCUCUGAAACAACACCAGGUCAAUCUAGAUGCAAAUAAGGAUUUUGAGUAUGAAGUUCAAAUCACAGUUCCACUAAUGAUUGAUAUUACUGAGAGUGGCAAUUACAUAACCAACUGUCAGAAAUGUCAUUUCACCUGUCACUAUCCCUGUGGCAUUCCUAAUGAUGAUGGUAAAAAGGGAUGUUCAGCAAUGAACCAGAAUGGAUACUGCACAGUCUGUCCAAAUAAGUGUAUUUGGUCUGUUCAUUUCAACCAAAAGUACAAAUUUGAAUAUGAAACCAGAAAGGAGAAGAGAACAUAUAGGGAACUGAAAGAAAAGUAUGAGAAGGAAACUGGUGAAAAGAUGACACAAGAGAAAAUCUUGAAGCAACUUCAGCAGGAAUUUGCUGAGGUUACGGAUGUGGUGUUGGAACUGAUUGCAAUGUCAAACCAGUGCAUUUUAAGACUUGAGGAAAUAGCUCUCAGACCAAACCCAUUGUCAACCCCAGAAUACGUUGAUCUGCUGAUUCAAUCUGAGAAAGAGGAGGCAAAGCCUGGGUUUCUGGACAGAAUCCAGUCACUGAUCGGAGUCAAGGAACAGGCUGAAUUAAUAGCAAAGGUUGCUGGAAAAGAGGAGCUGUUACCAGAGGAAUCAAAAUCAUAUCAAGCUAAAAUGGAAAAUAAACCACUUCAACCUGAUAAAAUAAUCCGUCAGGCAUGGAAAUGGAUCAAAAAGCAGGUGGAGUAUCACUGGGAAGGCAGACCAAAAGCUCUUGGGUGA